UCAGCAUGGCACCCAGCAAGCCCAGCAAGCUCCGAGCGUGGUGGCAGCGGACGCUGGCCUCGGUCGGCCCGUGCAAGCAGCCAUCAACCAAGGUGGCGCCAAGCAAGGCGCGGUACAUCUGCACGUGCGUCUCGCUCAACGCGCUGGCGACACGGCGCGGCGCGGCCCCGAUCCGCUACGACGCGCCGACAACACCCAUCAUGCUGCCGCGCGAGUUUACCGCCGAGGCCAAGAAUCUCUCGGUCGUCGGCGGCAAGCGCGUGCCGUUCUGCCCGACUCAGACCGCGCGCAUGAAGAGCCGACGUGCAACGACCACGUUUGCUGCGAUCGCCGAAGACGCGACGACGUCGGGCGGCCAAAUCGUGUGCCCUGGCUGCGCCGCGCGCGCGCGCCUGAGUGCAUCCGUCACGCACUGCGCCGAGCUCGACGACGACGACGACUCGGACGAAGAGUACUAACUUAUGGGCCCAUCGCGACACUAGAUUAUUGGCUAUAAUGCACCACCUAUUUAUCUUGUCUCUUGC